CACCAGCCAGUCGGGAGCGCGCGAGGCGCGGGGCGGCCGAGACCCCGGCGAGAGCUGCUCCCUGCGGUCGCCGCCCCGCGGGCCGCACCAUGGCGCUGCUGCUGCGGCUCGUGCUGCUGUGCGGAGUCGCGGAUUUCACCAGAAGUUUGCGUGUUACUACUCCCGAGCAGACGAUUGAGAAGGCCAAAGGGGAAACUGCACAUCUACCGUGUAAAUUUACCCUUGGUUCUGAAGACCAUGGACCACUAGACAUUGAGUGGCUGCUGUCACCAGCUGAUAAUCAGCAGGUGGAUCAGGUGAUUAUUUUAUAUUCUGGAGACAAAAUUUAUGAGGACUACUAUAAAGAUCUAAAAGGACGAGUACAUUUUACAAGCAGUGAUCUCAAAUCUGGUGAUGCAUCAAUAAAUGUAACAAAUCUACAGUUGUCAGAUAUCGGCACCUAUCAGUGCAAAGUGAAAAAAGCUCCUGGUGUUGAAAGUAAGAAGAUUCAGCUCACAGUUCUUGUUAAGCCUUCAGGUACAAGGUGUUACGUUGAUGGAUUAGAAGAAAUUGGAAAUGACUUCAAACUAAAAUGCGAACCAAAAGAAGGCUCACUCCCAUUACGAUAUGAAUGGCAAAGGGUCUCUGAGUCCCAGAAACUGCCCACCUCGUGGUUAGCAGAAAUGAAUUCACCAAUUAUAUCUGUAAAAAAUGCCAGUACUGAGUACUCUGGAGUAUAUAGCUGUACAGUCAAAAACAGAGUGGGCUCUGAUCAGUGCACGCUCCGCCUGAAUGUUGUUCCCCCUUCAAAUAGAGCUGGAACAAUUGCAGGAGCAGUUAUAGGAACUUUACUUGCUCUAGUGCUCAUUGGUCUAAUCGUCUUUUGUUGUCGUAAAAAGCGCAGAGAAGAAAAAUAUGAAAAGGAAGUUCAUCAUGAUAUCAGGGAAGAUGUGCCUCCCCCAAAGAGCCGCACGUCCACUGCCAGAAGCUACAUCGGCAGCAAUCACUCAUCCCUGGGAUCCAUGUCUCCUUCCAAUAUGGAAGGAUAUUCUAAGACUCAGUAUAACCAAGUACCGAGUGAAGACUUUGAACGCGCUCCUCAGAGCCCAACUCUCCCACCUGCUAAGGUAGCUGCGCCUAAUCUAAGUAGGAUGGGAGCCGUGCCUGUGAUGAUUCCAGCACAGAGCAAGGACGGGUCUAUAGUAUAGAGCCUCUGCAGCUACAUCUGUGCUCUCCUACUUUCAUGUCUUCUCUGGAAAGAAAACCUCUGUUAAAUUUCGUUACUAGUCUCAAAAUACAGCAAAAAGAAAAGUUAACCACAAACUGUAAGAAAUAUACUUCAAAAAAUUUUGUUUGGUUGUACUGAAAGAGUAAAGGCAUUAAAUUUCUAAAGACAAAUUCACUAUUGGGAAAAGAUAGCCUUUAAAAGGUUGACUUUUAUAGGUUUCUAAAUAUCAAUACUUAAUUAAGAAUGUAGCACUUUGAAUAUGAAAUACGAGAUGAAGAAAUUGGUGAACUUAUGCACACCCAGUUGAUACUUGAAUCAUCUGAAAGUGGUACUUUAUAAUUUCUGUCGUUAUUUUUAUUAGGCCUUUCUUCGUUUUUAACCCACUAGCCUCCCCACCCCAAAUUGGUAAAGAAGCAUUACUGGCAAAAAAUGCUUGCAUAAAUUAAUGUUUAUUAUUUUUGUAGCAUCUUUUAUAGCAUUUUUAUAGCAAUUAGAAAUUGCUAGUUUUACCUCUGAGUUCAUUCAUAACCUUGUCUAUAAAAUGAUUUUUUAGAUCAUUCAUUGGUAGACACUACAGGCACCAAGUACAUAGGAAGCUCUUAACCUGCUAAAAUAAUUGGCAUCUGUAAGAUUCACUUAAAAAUCACCUUCUCAGCUACAGCAGUGACACUACAGGUAUGAUAGCAGGGAUGGAUUUAUCCUUGAGACUCGUGGAUGUCUUCGGAACAGUGACCAGCCAGAUCAAGGCUGUAGUUUUGUAGUUCCCAUCUAAAUACUGGCUGUCCACCUUAAGUGGUAUUUUUCUAAUGAAAAAAAGUUCUAACUCAUUUAUUGACAAUUACAGAUCAAAAUUCCCGAUUUCUUGGUUCCAAAUUACAUUUUUUUGCUUUCAUGUUUUGGAUGGUGUUGCAUAUUAUAUAUUCUAGAAACACAUAAUCUAAAAUUUACCCUCUUGAAUGCAGUUCCUGGAGAAUAUUUUCUUCACAGAUUCAGAAUAAUGAAAUACAUUUUAAGCUGUACAUGUCCUCCACCAGUGCUGUGUUUCAGACUUGGGGAGGAUGUACGGUUGCUAUUGUAUGGCCAACGUGUCUUUGUGUAGUUGCAGAAAAUAAAUUUGGGCUUUGAAGUUUGAGUGUUCAUUUUGUGAAAGUGAAUAUUCUUUUUAAAAAAUGAAAGGAAAAGGAGUAGAAUACUCCUAACUGCCAAAUGUGUUAAAUAUUGUUUUUGUAGAAGAAAGUGAGUUUAUUGUUACUUCCCUUAAGAUUGUGAGGGAGUGUGGAUAUAGUAGAAUGAGCCAACAAUUUCUUUAUAGUAAAUAAGGUCUGCAAUAAAUUAUUUCACUAGCUCUAAAACCUUUUCCCUAGAUUUUAGUAGGGAGUUGGUUUCUGAUCAUCUCUUUGGGUGCUGUGAUGAGCAGUGCUGCAUUAUAAAUCAACGUUGGCAUGAGUUUAUAGCUAGGCGGUGUAUUGUGUACACUUUAAUGGUAAAUUUAAGCUGAAUGUGUAAUGGAUUAGUGUAUAGUUUUACAUAUUUGGAAGCAUUUUAAAAAUAGGUUUUUAACCUUUCAUAAUACUGCUUUUUAUACUUGUGUUAACAUUUUUCAUUUGUGCCUUUUGGGUAAUUUAAUUUUUAUUAUGAAUUUCUGGUGCCUAUGAGCUAGCUAUCACCUAAAGGGUGCUUAGAGGUGAAGGUACUGUUCCUUAGAUGUAUCACUGUGACACCUCUUUAUCCUCAUAUUCUCUGUCUGACCUCCUCUUCUCUGUUCCUUCGUGGAUGCAAAUUAAUUGACUGUUAUUCACAUAGAUAUAAAAAUGUCUACAUCCCCAACACUCUUGAUGUGUUUCUGAUUUUAUAACUGUUUUUGAAUGAUACAUAUCUGUUUUAUAUGAGCAAAAUUUGUAAGAUAUUACCAGAAGUAAUAGCACAAAUUUGAAUAAAAAAUUUUCGGUCCUCCCUUGUCUCAGUUUUGAUGUAAUGAAGAUUAUGUAAAGCUGGAAAUAUGUAAGAUUUGGCGAUAAGUAAAUCAGAAUCUCUUCAAAAAUACUUAUAGUUCAGGUCCAUACCAACUACAACCUGAGAAGGGAGCAGGUAAAAAAAUCAUUCCUGUCACCUGAAGGAGACCUAUUGGUGUCACUGAGUUUAGAGGACAGAAUUCAAUUUUAGGUAAUAUCUUCCAGGUAUUCGCAUUAUAAAUUUCAGUUAAUCCAGAGGUCAGGUAUUAUUGAUAACUUCCCGAAUUCUCAGUGAUGAUUUUAGUUAAACCAGAGAUCAAAUAUUUUUUCUACAAUUACAAUUGGUAAUCAUUGAGCUGUUCAACAUAUAAUCAUUCAAGCCAAACAACAGUAGGCAAGAUGGCGCUGCAUCUCGGAAGCUGCCUGAUUCUACUUUACACAGACUUGGCACCAUGGUUUUGAGUGAAGCAGUGUAACAUGAAAAGCAAUUAUGUUGAAAAGAAAUGCUGCUGUAGAGUUACUUAACUCUGAAUUUUGAAUAUGUAGUUUACAGGUAUUUUUUUUUUAAAGAUAAGUGACAACAGGUUUGCAACAGGUGUUCUUUUUCUUAUUGACAAUUUUAUUAAUAGUCCCCUGUUAGCAGGCAAAACCAAAAACAAAUAAAACCUGUUCUCGAUUACACCAGCUAGUUCUUCCAAACAAAUCAUUCCCUUUAAAUUUGGGCUAUCUACCAUGGGAUUGUUACAACGGAAACACAGCCUGCAUGUGUCUGACAGGGAUGUUAAUUGAAGAAACGCAGUUAGACUAUGGAUAUGAAGAAAUUCUGAUUUUACUAAAAGGAUUUUUAAUUAAGAGAUUGAGUUGUGGAAAUUUGGAGCUAGUGAAGGGGCAGGUAAACAUUUUGGUUAAAUAUAAAAAUAACUGGUUGCAUGAAGUUCUAUAUCAAAUUCUGUAAUGUAUAGCUCUUAAAAUAACUAUUCUCUGAUUUGUGUGUGUGUGUGUGUGCAGCAUGUCAGUUUGAAGUUAUGUGAACCUUUAAAGUUUUUUUUCCCUAAUCUCUUCAUCUCAGCAGUGUUUAGGGCUUUCAGAUGCCUUAUUUGUCCAUAUUUUAUGUGAUCAAUGUUUUGAUGCGUCACAUAGAAAUAGUUUAUAGAAAAUGUUGGCACAAUUUUAACUUUUUAGUGGCUUGUGACAUUAUAUAUUAUAUAUGUACCUACAUCUUUAUAAUAUUCCUGUGUUUAGUAGUAUACAUGUUCUGGGCAAGUUUUAAUAUUUCAAAUGCCUUUGACUAUUCUUGCAAAAAAGGCAACAUAUUCUGCAGUUGGAAUUUUUAGUCAUUUGCCUAUUUUGACACGUUUCACAACUGAGCACAAAUCUUAGUUAUUAAUGUUAUAGAUGAAGGGAAGAAUGAUAUGAUUUGUGAAUUGUGGUUCUGUUUAUUUUAUGGAUGGUAAUACCAGGAAUUAUUCACUGUGUUUGGCUUCUUCAUUAAAAUCUAGUUUUACAGAAUCCCCUAUUUUGUGGUGAAUAUCUUUUGGGUUUGGUUUUGGUCAUGAACACUAAAAAGUUCAGCUCAAGGAAAGAAUGACUCUUGUGUUUUCUACUAGUUUAUUUAAUGACAUAAGUGUUUAAGGGAACCACAAUUCAUUGAUUCACUUAUUCUCAUCCCUAACUCAAUUUUUGUGAGAAAUACACUUGUGCUUCUGAUAUUUUGACACUUAACAUAUACAAGUAGAGAAUGGAUAGUGUCAGUUUCAAAAAUGACUUUGUAUUUAUAGUUUCUGGAUUUAGUAUCCAAUGGUGCAGAUUUUGAAAUUUGUAAAAACAAAAUUUGUUUUAAAAAAACAGAAAACUUGCUCUAGUUUUGUGACCUUGUGUACUUUUGAAAUAAAAUCAAGAAAGCAGUUUUUUUUGC